AGUUCCUGCCAACAAAUGACACAGGGAGGAGGGCUCCUUGUGUCAUUUGUUGACUGUUCUACCAGUCUUUCAGGUAGAACAGCGAAGAUACACAUCCAGUUAACUCACUUCACUGAGAUCUUCUCCAGCGACAGGGAAGAGCGUCACUUCAGUCUCCCAGAGAUGUCUAACAUUAGUAAGAAGUUGGUGAUCGUUGGGGACGAAUCUUGUUGGAAGACCCGUCUGCUCAUUGUGUUCACUACAGACCAGGUCCCCGAAGACUACCUUCCAACUGUGUUUGACAAUUGUGCGGCGAGUAUUAAAGUUGAUGGGAAAAUGGUGAAACUGGGCCUUUGGGACAUAGCUGGUCAGGGAGACUAUGACCGACUGAGGCCUCUUUCCUAUGCAGGCACUGAUGUAGUCCUCAUGUGCUUCUAUGUGGACAACCCAGACAGUUUAGAAAAUAUUUUAAAAAAGUGGAGUCCUGAAGUGAAACACUUCUGUCCUAAUGUUCCAAUAAUCCUGGUGGGGCUCAACAAGGACCUUCGCAAUGAUGACCAUACCAGAAGAAAGCUUGCUAUAACGAAACAGGAGCCAGUUACAUUUGAAGAGGGGAAAGAGAUGGCUCAACGCAUUGGCGCCUACAGCUACCUGGAAUGUUCUAGCAAAACCAAAGAUGGUGUAAGAGAAGUCUUUGAAGAGGCAAUUAGGGCAGCUUAUCAGGUGCAACUGGCCCUUUGGGACACAGCUGGUCAGGAAGACUAUGACCGACUGAGGCCUCUUUCCUAUCCAGACACUGAUGUAGUCCUCAUGUGUUUCUCUGUGGACAACCGAGACAGUUUAGAAAAUAUUUCAGAAAAGUGGAGUCCUGAAGUGAAACACUUCUGUCCUAAUGUUCCAAUAAUCCUGGUGGCGAACAAAACGGAUCUUCGCAACGAUAGGCAAACCAGAGAAACGCUUGCUAAAAGGAAACAGGAGCCUGUGAAAACUGAAGAGGGGAAAAACAAGGCUUUACAAAUUGGUGCCUACAGCUACCAGGAAUGUUCUGCCAAAUCCAAGGAGGGCGUGAGGGAAAUCUUUGAAGUAGCAACCACCGCAGCAUGCACACAGGCCAGUCGCGGGAAGAAGUCUGGCUGCACGCUUUUAUAGACUGCUGAAAAGUAAAGCUACCCUGAGGCACACAUGAGGGGCAGCUUCCAUUGACAUUUGAUAAUGGAAAACAGGGUUACAAGAUACGGCCGCAGUCACUUAAUUGUUCCGCCAACAAAAUCUGAUUUAUUCUAUCUGCUUUUUUCUUCUUUGGUUUGGUAUAUACGGUGCCGUCUUUUUUUAAUUUUAGAUUGCCUUUUAAUCUACCAUAUUUCCUUAAAUUAUGCUGUCAUCAUUGUCUGCUGUGUAACUAUGAUAUAUUCAUGUGGCAAAAUUUAGGAACAUAUUUUGUUAUGUUAAUCAUCUUGUUAUUGUGUAUAUAGAAAAUAUAAAUUAAUAUAUUGCUACUGAUGAAAUGUUUCUUGUUAGUUGUGUAAGUUAAAGCUUAGGCUUUUAUUUUGUAGGGCCAUUUAUGGGGUUUUCUGUUUUUUUUCUCACUCUGCAAUAAAGUUUCGAUUACGGCAUCUUCUUUUAAAGUG